AUGGAGCAAGUUCAGGCGAUUUACCAGGAUAUCAGCGAGCGGCUAACGUACUGUAUGACCGGAUGGAAACCAAAGCAUCCAUUUGACUUUUUCGACUUGCGACGAUUCGAGUUCAUGAAAGACUCCUACAAAGGCUUUGAUCAUUUCUGGUGGUUCGAGGAUCACAGAUAUGCAAUGAUGUCAAGCCUUGCAUACCUCUUGCCAUAUAACUUCGCACUAGUAGCCUUCAAUGCGUACAUCUUCUUCGAGUUCUUGGCAUCUGGUUGGGCCACAACCUACAACUUGGGCUGUGUUAACGCGAAACCAUAUUCUUACGACGAGCAAUCGAAUCGAAUGGCGAAUGCAAGCCUCCUCUACUUUAUCUCCAAACAUAUUGAAUUUAUGGACACGUUCCUCUUCAUCGUCAUGCAAAAAUGGAGAAAUGUCUCGACCCUUCAUAUUUUCCACCACAGUUCAAUGGCCUAUGCAACCUGGUGGACUACGAAAUUCGCACCAACUGGAUACGGAACUUUUGGCCAGCUCCUCAACUCAUUUAUACAUGUCCUAAUGUAUUCCUACUACGGACUCGCUGCUCUAGGAAAGUGCUUCAUUACGUAA